AAUUGCACAGAGCUUGGAAAGCGAGCACCCACUCCAAUCCGGGAGAAAGAGGUCACGCUGUGCAUGAAGUGUCAGGAGCCUUUCAACUCUAUUACCAAAAGGCGGCAUCACUGCAAAGCCUGUGGACAUGUGGUGUGUGGAAAGUGUUCGGAGUUCCGUGCCCGUCUGUUGUACGAUAACAACCGAGCCAACCGCGUGUGUAUAGACUGCUACACCACGCUAGUGGGAGUGCCGCCCUCUCCGGCUAGUCUGAGCAACAGCACACAGAGACGCCGCUCCAUUCUAGAGAAACAGGCCUCAGUGGCAGCUGAGAACAGUGUGUUGUGUAGUUUCCUGCAUCAUAUGGAGAAGGGAAGUGGACGUGGAUGGCAGAAGGCCUGGUUUGUCAUCCCUGACAGUGAACCACUGGUGCUGUAUAUCUAUGGUGCUCCGCAGGAUGUCAAAGCCCAGCGCAGUAUUCCCCUCAUCGGGUUCGAGGUGUCUCUACCCGAAUCAAGUGACCGUCUAGAACGUCGCAACGCCUUCAAAAUGAGCCAGAGUCAUUUGACCGUUUACUUCAGUGCCGACUGUGAGGAACUGCAGCGACGUUGGAUGGAGGUCUUAUCGAGAGCCGGCAGGGGUGAGGAGCUGCAGUCAAACGGGCCGAUAUCCGAGGCCCUCGAGGAAGAAGGGGAGGAGCCAGUACCUACGGGAGAAAGCACAUGAUUGGCUGAAAAUAUGAUAUCAUUUUGCACACACAAACUGUACAAAUGUGACCACAGCGACAGGAUAUAAUAGACAAAAACACACACAUACACACGUAUACCUGCUCUCUUACACACAUCUGUAUUAAUUGUCAGUUGUAAAUUGCAUGAAAUAUCUACAGGUAUGUUUCUCUGUGCAUUGCUCAUCUUGUGUGAGUGACCAGUGUUUGGAACAAUCUGACAAAAGUGUGCACACUUCAAAGACGACUUAUCAGAGGACACGUGAUUAAGUGCAUCAGCUCUUUCGGCCGCUAGCAGUUUCUUUGUUAAAUCGACUGUUUCUGCCAAAUCUCGAGGUGUUGUGAAGUGGUUUCUUGAGUGAGGCUAUGGUUUAGCAAAGUGAGAUGGUUCUACGGUUUGCUGGCUGUGCGUGAAUGUUUGGCCUGGUUUCAUGAAAUGUUUAGGUGACUUAGAGAGUCUACAGUAAAAUACCCUCGUUUACAUAACCAGAAGCUGGAAGGAAUGACUGAUUUUGUUGAUUUUAAAUCAGCAAAAGUCAGUAGACUAUGAAUCCUGCCAAUAUUAAUGGCAAUAAUCCGCUUGGUAAGAGGAUCAAAUCCUGGAUUUCUCAUUUCGAUUACAUGUUAAACAUUGGCUAUUGCAUUUAGUAGUGAAUUGUGAUAGGACUGGCCACAUGAACUGUUGUUCAGCUAUGCAAGCCUCUGUACAUGUGUGGUAAUCAGAAACUGCUGGAACAUAGCAGGAAUAUUUAUUAAGCGGGUUUUAACCACUCACAAUGAUAGAAAUAUGUGCUUCCUGUUGACUCCAUGGUCCUUCAACUCAGAAAACACCAACAAAUUUACUCUGCCACCUAGUGGACGCUCAACAUAGCACGCAUAUUCUAGGAGUGAAUGUCAGGGAACAUGUCAAGAAACAAAAUUGGAAACUUUAUUUUGCAUAUAAAGUAAAUUAAUCUUGUUUAAAUGACUAUUAAGAUUUUUGUUUCACUGUGACAUGGUUUAUUAGUAAAAAUCU